AGCUCCAACAUGUCCCCUGCUGCUGCUGCUGCUGCUCGGCCUGCUGCUGAUGAUCCUCCGCGUCCUCCGCGGAAGAAAGAGAAGAGAAGGAGAACCUCCGCUCAUCAAAGGAUGGGUUCCUUACCUCGGGAAAGCUCUGGAGUUCGGACGAGAUGCCCACAAGUUUCUAGAAGAACACAAGAAGAAGUUUGGGGACAUUUUCACAGUUCAGAUAGCAGGUAAAUACAUGACCUUCAUCAUGGACCCUCUUCUCUACCCGAACAUCAUCAGACACGGCCGACAGCUGGACUUCCACGAGUUCUCCAAUAAAGUGGCGCCCGUCACCUUCGGCUACCCGCCCAUCCUCGGACCGGAGUUCCCCGGCCUGAACGAGCAGAUCAGUCGCUCCUUCCAGCUCCUCCAGGGCGACGGCCUCUCCGCCCUGACAGAGAGCAUGAUGGGUAACCUCAUGCUGGUAUUUCGUCAGGACCACCUGGGCGAGCAGCCGGGGGAGGAGAGCGGCAGCUGGCGGAGCGGCAGCAUGUACGAGUUCUGUAACAAGGUCAUGUUCGAGGCCACCUUCCUCACCAUGUACGGCAGGCCGCAGGCCGCACGCCGCCACGCCGGGAUGGACACGCUGAGGCGGGACUUCGUCCAGUUUGACACCAUGUUCCCGCUGCUCAUCGCUCAGAUCCCCAUCUGGCUGCUGGGACGGACCAAGGCCAUCCGAGACCAGCUGAUCCACUACUUCCUGCCGCACAGGACGUCGUCCUGGUCCGACACCUCGCAGUUCAUCAGGACGCGAUCGGAGGUGUUUGAGCAGUACGAGACUCUGAGGGCCGUCGACAAAGCAGCUCAUCACUUCGCCAUCCUCUGGGCGUCCGUGGGGAACACCGUCCCCGCCACCUUCUGGGCCAUGUACUACCUGGUGAGUCACCCUGAGGCCCUGCAGGCGGUCCAUGAGGAGGUGCAGUCGGUCCUGGGACUCAGCGGAGUCCAGCUCAGCAGAGAGCAGGACGUGAGGCUGGGCCGGGAGCAGCUGGAUAAGAUGGUGUUUCUGGAGAGCGCCAUCAACGAGAGCCUCCGUCUGUCCUCGGCCUCCAUGAACAUCCGCAUCGCUCAGGAGGACUUCAGUCUGCGUCUGGACGGCGAGCGCUCGGUGGCCGUCAGGAGAGGAGACUUGAUCGCCCUCUACCCUCAGAGCAUGCACCUGGACCCGGAGAUCUACGAGGACCCGCAGUCGUUCCGUCCGGACCGCUUCCUGCAGGACGGCAGAGAGAAGACGGACUUCUACAAAGACGGCCAGAGGCUCCGGUACUUCCUGAUGCCGUUCGGCUCCGGCUCCUCCAUGUGUCCCGGCCGAUACUUCGCCGUCAACGAGAUCAAACAGUUCCUGAGUCUGCUGCUGGUCUACCUGGACCUGCAGCUGGAGGAGGGUCAGCCCGGAGCCACGCUGGACCCCAGCAGAGCCGGACUGGGGAUCCUGCUGCCGGCCGCCGACGUACGCUUCCGCUACCGACCGCGGACUGUCUGAUCCCUGAUGCCCCCUCGUCCAAUCAGACGAGGGCUUCAGGUGUAGGUAGACGAGCCCACAACUCACUGUUUUAGAUAACUGCUCAUAAAUCUGUUUCUUUUUCUGACUUCUGAUACACGAUAACACAAAAAGAGCUUGAUAUAUUUAGAGGUUUGGAUCAGGACAGAACACAGAGGUCAAAGGUCAGGACCGAUCUGUCAACAAACGAGCGCCUUUUAGGGGAUUGUUUGUCUUUGAUUGUUUAAAGUUUAACUGUAAACCGUCCAAUACUGAACCUCAUCUACUGUCCAGCCUCCAGUCGUCUCUGAUGGCAGCAGAUUAUUCUGAGGAGUAAAUAUGAAACUACGGGCAGCUCUGAACUCUGCACUACAUUUAAAUGUUACUUUUAAUCAUUUCUUUAGUUUUUACUUCUGAUGUUGAUGAUGUUUAAAGGGACAGUACAACAUUUCAGAAAACCCUUCUGUCUCUGUCUCAGAGUUCAGGAAGGACAUGAUUAGCCUAGCUUAGCACAAAGGCUGUAAGCAGGGGGAACUGCUAGUUUAGCUUAGCACAAAGACUGUAAGCAGGGGGGAACUGCUAGCUUAGCUUAGCACAAAGACUGAAAGCAGGGGGAAACUGCUAGCUUAGCUUAGCACAAAGGCUGUAAGCAGGGGGAAACUGCUAGCUUAGCUUAGGAUAGAUUGUAAACUGACAAGAUGCUCCAGAAAACAUCCGGUCGUCAUAAUAAACGCUGAAUGUGGGAUUAUUCCUUUAGUGACUGAGACUAAAUAAACUGUUUCAUUGAGUGAAUGCAGCUGUUAAAUAAUGUUUUAAUAAUCGUUAAUGUCACAUGUUAAUAAUUCAUAUGUCACCACCAUGAAUA